CCGCCUCCUCUGCAUUAGGCACCAGAUUUGCUUCUGCUUCAAACCGGCCAUCUCCCAUGCUCCCAGACAAGUCCCCACGUUUCAUGACCCUCGCUCUCAAUCUCCUCCAAGGCGCUAAGCUCAGACAGUAUCGACUCCUUCCACAGCCUGCCGUGAUGACUUGCGCUCCAAUCGUGCCCCUCGACAGCCUUUCCUCGGCAGAUUGGGACCGUCGAAGCUUCGAUGCCGUGCUUGACAUGCUCGGUGGUCUUCUCGAAUCAUGGCAACGUUCAACGCAUGCUCUCCAGGAUCUGGGCCUCGGAUGUCUUCGCGACCUUCUCGAAAUGUCGUUCUCUCCGUGAUGCACGUCCGCUUCAUGGUCCUUCCAAUAUCGACGAUCCUCGUGCACUGGAUCCAGAGUACCAUUGAUACGUGCCUAUCUCAUGGUUUAGCCAGAAUCUACCACGAACAAGGUAGUGGCAUAGGAUCCGCUUUGGAUUUGUGAUGUUGACCUCGUGAACUCCACAUAGAGAUAUAUAAGAUCUCGUUGACGAGCCCGUCUCGAAACCGCUCUCUACCAAGUCAGUCCCUCCUUCCGACCAGCAAGACGUCCAUUCAUUUGCCUGUUUCUGUUUGAAACUUGUCUCUCUUUUAUUUUCUUUAAGGAUGCUUUCUUUCACAGUUUUGCUGGCGGCUUCCGCCUUGACGAGCGUGACGCUCGCAAAGCCCAUUCCUGUUCCCCAGGUCGAGACCAAGAAGGGUUUCACCCUUGUUCAGAGUGUUGCAAAGCCAUUUCAGGCUGGUCCUGUGGUUUUGCAAAAGACCUACCGCAAAUACAACAGUGCUGUGCCCGACGAUGUCAAAGCGGCCGCCGCAGAUGGCUCUGUCACUGCCACUCCGGAGCAAUAUGAUGCCGAAUACCUGUGCCCUGUCAGCAUUGGAGGCGAAACAUUGAACCUCGAUUUCGACACUGGGUCUGCAGAUCUAUGGGUCUUCUCGUCUGAGUUGUCCAGCUCCGAACGCUCUGGACACAGCAUCUAUGACCCGUCCAAGUCCGAGACGGCCAAGCAGCUCAGUGGAGCCACCUGGAAGAUUUCUUACGGCGAUGGCUCGAGCGCGAGCGGCAAUGUCUACACCGACACUGUCAACGUCGGCGGCACUACAGUCACUGGACAGGCUGUCGAACUUGCCCAACAAAUCAGUUCGCAGUUCCAACAAGAUGCAGACAACGACGGUUUGCUCGGCCUAGCGUUCAGCUCUAUUAACACCGUCCAACCCCAACAACAAACCACCUUCUUCGAUACUGCCAUUGCCCAAGGAGUUCUUGAGCAAAAUGUCUUCACGGCGGACUUGAAGAAGGGAGCCCCGGGUUCGUACGACUUUGGCUUCAUUGACAGCAGCAAGUACACGGGCGACAUCACCUAUACACCCGUGGACAACUCCCAAGGCUUCUGGGAAAUUACGGGUACAGGCUACCAGGUUGGCGAUGGGAAAUUCCAGUCGGCAAGCAUUGAUGCCAUUGCUGAUACCGGCACGACCCUUCUUCUCAUGGAUGAUGACAUUGUUUCUGCCUACUACGACCAAGUUGACAGUGCCGAGUACGACAACUCCCAAGGUGGUUAUACUUUCCCGUGCUCUGCCGAUCUUCCCGACUUCGCUGUCGGUAUUGGCAGCUAUCAUGCUGUCAUUCCAGGGUCAUUUAUGAACUACGCCCCUGUUUCCGCCGGUUCUUCUUCUUGUUUCGGUGGUCUUCAGAGCAACGAAGGCAUCGGCCAGUCUAUCUAUGGCGACAUUUUCCUCAAGGCCGUGUUCGCUGUCUUUGACAACGACAACAUGCAAUUUGGCGUUGCAGCAAAGGACUUGUGAAAAGAGUCGUUGACAGAUACGGACUUGGUGGGAAGGCCACGGCUUGGUGUCGGGGUCCGGAGAAUACGCUGGUUAUUUUAUGAUCUUAGGGAUUUUAUACACGAGGGGGCUUCGAG